AUGAUUAGAAAGAAACUUGAAAAUUUGAGGAGAGAAAGAACCAAAAAAAUGUAAAAUCUUUUACCUGCCAUCGUCGCAGAUAGAAUGGCUCCCUCCUUCUUUUAUUACAUGUUCGAGCCAUACGUUGACUUUAAGAAAAUUGCACAAUCAGAUGCAGUCCAAGUGUAACUUUCCACUCCUGAAAAUGCCAUUGCUAAAGGCAGGAGAUGUGCAGUCUAAGCAGCUCGUAAAUCUAAGGCUUUGUAGAUGAUGGGCAAUCAAUUGAAACUUUCAGUGGAUGAGCAAAUCGAAUCCUUUGCUGUGCCUGAAGAAAAGGGAAAUCCCAUUAAGUUUGAACCCUAUUCUCUCCAAAGAGCAGCUCUCUAUGACAAAGGCUGUAUCACAUGUGGAGGUCCAAAUAUUAGUGUCACAUAUCAUGGUGAAAGACACAUUUGUUUGAAAUGCAGAGAUCAUAUCACCACGUUGGAUGGAGAUCCAGUUCUUAUAUUUUAAGAUGAUGAUGGCGAAGUGUGUGUCGUUGGAAUUUCAGAUAAAAAGAAACUCUACUUCGUUUAACUUGAUGAACUCAAAAUCAAUGGCUAUAGGUGCUAUGUCACUUUUAGUAAUGAAAAUGAAAUUAUUUGUUUAUUGCAUGACUCCUUAAAUGACAAACAGAAAAAGGAUCUGGUUCCACCCAGUGCCUUAUGGUAAGCUGAAAAAGACGAACAAAUUAGAAAACCCAAAGGCAAAAACUUUGUCAUUCUUAAUAAACAGCGUGUUCAAAAAUGA